AAGAAAAAGGCAGGCAAGGCUAUAGAUUCAAAUCGGGAGAGGGAGGAAGCGAAGGAGAGGAGAAGCUCCCCAUUGCUCUCUGCUUCCUCCUUCCUCGCUUUCUUUCUCGCUUGGGGUCGAGAAAAACCCUAGCUUUUUGAGAUUUUGAUUUUGGUUGGUGGUGAAUUGGGGGCCGAGAAUGGGGAGUGACUUGCAGGACGCGAUCAAGCAGCUGCUUGCGCUGAUCGACCAAGUUGAGGAGCCGUUGAGGAGCUCUUUUCAGAACAUGCAUCAAGGUUACCCAACAGAGACAUUGAAUCGUUUUCUCAAGGCAAGAGAGUGGAGUGUUCCCAAAGCUCAUAAAAUGCUGGUGGAUUGUUUAAACUGGAGGAUACAGAAUGAAAUAGACAACAUACUGGCUAAACCGAUAAUUCCGAGGGAUUUAUAUAGGGCAGUCCGUGAUUCACAAUUGAUAGGUUUGUCAGGAUAUUCAAAGGAGGGUCUCCCGGUCUUUGCUAUUGGUGUUGGGCUCAGCACUUUCGACAAAGCAUCUGUUCACUACUAUGUCCAGUCACACAUUCAAAUCAAUGAAUAUCGUGACCGUAUUGUCUUGCCUGCUGCAACAAGGAAACAUGGACGACAUAUUGGUACCUGCAUAAAAAUUUUGGAUAUGACUGGCCUAAAGUUUUCAGCUCUGAGCCAAAUUAAGCUAUUGACUGUCAUCUCUACUGUCGAUGACCUGAACUAUCCCGAGAAGACGGAUACUUAUUUUAUUGUAAAUGUUCCUUACAUAUUUUCAGCAUGUUGGAAGGUUGUGAAGCCUCUCUUGCAAGAAAGGACAAGAAAGAAAGUGCAAGUAUUGCAAGGUUCUGGCAGGGAUGAAUUGUUAAAGAUAAUGGACUAUGCAUCUCUUCCACAUUUUUGUACAAGGGAAGGCUCCGGUUCGUCACGGUAUUCAUCUUCUGGGAGCUCCGAUUGCUACUCAUUGGAUCAUACUUUCCAUCAAGAACUAUAUGACUACAUUAAUCAACAAUCCCUAAUUCAAGAACUUCCAAAACCCAUCAAACAAGGAUCCUUUCACGUCGAUGUCCCGGAGCCUGACCCUCAAGACACAAAGAUUUUUGCAACUAUAGAGUCCGAGCUCCAAAAGAUCGGGGAUGCCAAUGGCACAACCAUAUGAAGGCAUAAAAAAUCGGUAACACCUGCCGCUGUCAGAGCAAUGUUGCAGUUGUUUACGAUCCCUUUCAUGUUGUUGUCCGAAAUUACACAGUGGGAUAUACUAGGAAGUGAUUGCAGUUUCUCACUGCAGGCUUCUAAUGAUAAUAUAUACUAAUACAAUCUGUUGUAGUUAUAAUCUGCAGCUUUUGAACUAAGAAAAGAAAAAGGAAAAAAAAGGAAAAAAAAAAACCUACUAGACAAGGCCUGUCUCAAGUGCGCCUUAAUGUACUAGUGAGAAUCUAAUGUAUUUGCUGCAGUAAUGUUAAAAUGCAUCCAAUACUGUUAUAUGUAACAUGCACUGAAUUUUCAUCAGAAAUCUAUUUCACUUGCUGAAUUUCAUGUUAA